GAUAUAGAUGGUACAUCCGUAAGCCUCAGCCCUCGGUCGUGUCAAGGCUUGUGCUCAAACGUGUGUGUAUAUAAACAUGGAGGAGCACAUGCUCACAAGCCCAUCACCACCACCUCUUAAUUAGCUCCUUUCGUUUUCUCUCGUGAUGAUAUAGUUUUCACGAAAUCAAGAACAUGGAAGCGAAAACAUACAUUUAUUAUUUCCGGAGUCAUAUCUUCCAUUGGUUUUCCGUUAGUCUCAUAUUCAGAUGCAUCAGAGUCUUGAUCAAAAGAUCUGUGUCUCUGCCUUUUCACUGAUCAAUCUGUAAACCCUACCGUUCCUCUUUCGAUUUCUUUUCCGUUUCUUUCGUCCCAUUUUCGAUCCGGAUCGGAGUGUUUAUUUAACGAGAGAGAGAGAGAGUGUGUAAAGGACUGUCGGAAAAAUGUCAAGAAAACCGUGCUGCAGUGGAGAAGGGUUGAAGAAAGGGGCAUGGACGACGGAGGAGGACAAGAAACUCAUCGUUUAUAUCCAAGAAUACGGCGAAGGCGGAUGGCGUGACGUUCCACAAAAAGCCGGUAUGUGUACGGUUAGAUGGUUGAAAAGAUGCGGAAAGAGUUGUAGACUGCGAUGGACUAAUUAUCUGAAACCCGAUAUCAAGAGAGGAGAGUUUAGUCCAGAGGAGGAGCAGAUCAUCAUCAUGCUUCAUGCUUCUCGGGGCAACAAGUGGUCGGCGAUAGCAAGACAUUUGCCAAGAAGAACAGACAAUGAGAUCAAGAACUACUGGAACACACAUCUGAAGAAACGGUUGAUGGAACAGGGCAUAGAUCCCGUGACCCACAAGCCACUCGGUUCAAACCCUAGACCCUCGACCCCUGAGAAUUCCGCAUCCCAAAUCCAGAAUGCCCUUAGCCCGGACGAGCAUUCCCAGUUGAGUUCUGUCUCUCCUCGGCCUGUGGAGGUACCUGAGAUCAGCAGCAGCCAUGGCGACACACCACCACGAUCAGGGGGUUCCUUGAGCGGCAAGAAACGCUCCUCUUCCACCUCGUGCCUGUUAAACAAAGUGGCGACUAGGGUUACUUCCAUGAGAGGAAUCUUGUCGGCUUCCGUGGAAGGCAGCUUAACCAAUCCUACACCGACAUCUGGCCUCCCUUAUAUUCACGAUGCCCAUCAAGAUAGUUCUCAUGUUUCGAUGACGACCGACGAUUUUGAUUUGGUCUCCCAGUCUUCAUGGUAUUAUGAAACGGAGAACGAACUACAAACUGUCAAUUCACUCGAGACCAUGACAAACACAACGACAGCGAAUUUCCACUGCCAAGAAUAUGAUUUUUCGCAAUUUCUCGGCGGUUGCGAUCAGAAUGAUGACGAUAAUAAGAACAAUUUGAGGUGUAGUGACCGUGAACACAUGGUUUCGGAUGUUUCCCAAGAUGUCUCAUCAACUACCUUUGAUGAAGACAUGAUAAGUCGCUUGGACGGUUGGUCCGAUUAUCUUCUUGACCACCCGAAUUUCAUAUGAUCGACCGGAAACUUCACAUUGCAUUUGGAGAGCCAAAACAAAAAAAAAAAGAGCGGAAGUACAUCAUAUGUUCUUUGUCCUGUACUCAUGAUGAGGCAUGAAGACUUUGGUACAAUAGUUGUGGGGUCCACAAAUAGGUGUGAUAUGUCGGAUGUUUCGGAUCUCAUGUGCAGAUCCUUUAUAUAUGAUGAUAUAUAAACCAAAUAUAACUAGGGUUAAUUUAGGGUAUUGUAUUUCAAUAAAAGGGCGGUGCUCUUUAGAUCGAGCACUAGUAUCUCGAGUUGUAGGUUCUAGCGGAUCAAUUAGUAUUUGAUUCGCGUUAUCGUUUGAAUGCCACGCGGAAUUAAUAAAGUUUUGAUUUACUUGA